AUGGUUUACAAGAAGAUCGCUUACGAAGAACUCGCCUCCUCCCCCCUCGGCCAGGCCAUUGAUUUGGCUAGCUCUGCUCUCGGUACCACCAUCGUUGCUGUCACCGAUGAAUUCUUCGCUCCCGCCACCAACAUGAUCAACCCCCUUCCCCCUGUGCACUGCCCCGGUCGCUUCGUCGACACCGGUGCCUGGAUGGACGGCUGGGAGACCAAGCGUCACAACCAGACCUAUGACUGGGCCAUCCUCAAGCUCGGUUUCUCUGGUAACAUCAUCGGUUUCGACAUUGACACCCACUACUUCACUGGUAACCAGGCUCCUGCUGCCCGUGUUGAGGCUGCUUUCUGCCCUGAGGGUGAUGUCCAGGCCAAGGAUGUCAAGUGGGUUGAAAUCUUGCCCAAGGUUGAACUUCCCCCCACCUGCCACAACGUCUUCGUCCUUGACCAACCCACUGAGGUCUACACCCACAUCCGUCUUAACAACAUCCCCGAUGGUGGUAUUGCCCGUUUCCGUGUCUACGGUAACGUGAACCCCAUCUGGCCCGCUGACAAGAACACCAUCCUCGAUCUUGCCUACUGCGGUCUCGGUGGUCGUGCCGUCGAAGUCAGCAAUGCUCACUUCACCCCCGGUUCCAACCUCUUGUUGCCCGGUCGCGGUCAGAACAUGGGUGACGGUUGGGAGACCAAGCGUUCCCGCACUCCCGGUCACUCUGACCACGUUAUCAUCAAGCUCGGUGAUAAGGGUCACCUCUUGAAGGCUGAGAUCGAUACCUCCCACUUCAAGGGUAACUACCCCGCUGCCAUCAUGUUGACUGCCACCAACUCCGACAAGGAAGUCCCCUGCGAAAACGCUGAAUGGACCACCUUGAUUGACAAGACUGCCGUUGGUGCCCACGAUCUCUUCUACUUCGACCUCCCCGCCACCGACAAGGUCUUCACCCACGCCAAGAUCUACAUCAUUCCUGAUGGUGGUCUUAAGCGUGUCCGCCUCUACGGUGUCCGUGAGGGCGGUGAGCUCCCCAAGUUGCCCAUUGCUGUUCCCACUGUCGUUGAAAACGGUGUUGUCAAGAACUAA